AUGAAGCGCGUCAUUUCGGGAGGAGGGCGUGAUAGCAAGCGAGCGAGAUUGAAGCAGAGCAUGCGAUCAAGAAAGUUGAUAGAGGACGCGUACAGGAGGAACUUACCUGAGGGCAUCGCGAGAACAGACAGCAAGCUUGAGCAGAAGCAUGUUGAACUAGAGCUGCAAGAUACGCUUGGAGACAUGCUACCUUGGGCGUACAUGCUGUUGGAGAGGAACAUGAAGAGUCUGUAUGAAGGCAGCUGGGGUUGGGACGAGGAGAAGAAGCGCGAGGAGCUUGUCUCUCGCAGAGCUAGGUUCGUGAUCGCCUAUCACGUCCAGGACAAAAGCAGGGAUCCAAUCGCCUUUGUCCAUUACCGUUACGUACAAGAAGCUCGCGAGCCGGUGGUGUACGUGUACGAGAUACAGAUCGACGCUCUCUUCCAGGGGCUCGGAAUUGGGCGAGCCUUGAUGACAACGGUGGAAAAUAUUUGCAAGGAGCGAGGGCUGGAUGCCAUUUGCCUGACAGUCUUCACUGAGAACGAGGGGGCGAUGAGAUUUUACAAACGACUUGGUUUUGAACAAGACUGCGACUCUCCCAAAGAUAGAACGUGGAAGAUCAUGUGCAAGAGAAUGAACUCAUCAUGA